AUGGAUGCAUUCCGGAAGGUAGAGAAGAUCGGAGAGGGCACCUAUGGGGUGGUCUAUAAGGCCAAGAACAAAGUGACUGGGCAGCUUGUGGCCCUCAAGAAGAUCAGGCUGGACCUGGAGGACGAGGGGGUUCCUAGCACUGCCAUCAGGGAGAUCUCUUUGCUGAAAGAACUGAAGCACCCCAAUAUUGUCAAGUUGCUGGAUGUGGUCCACAGAGGGAAGAAGCUGUUCCUGGUGUUUGAGUUCCUCACUCAGGACCUAAGGAAGCGCAUGGACUCGGCGCCCACACAGGAGCUCCCUCAGCACACAGUCAAGAGCUACCUCUCCCAGCUGCUGCAAGGGUUGAGUUUCUGCCACUCCCGUCGCGUCAUCCACCGAGACCUGAAACCUCAGAAUCUGCUCAUCGAUGAGUUCGGAGCCAUCAAGCUGGCUGACUUCGGACUGGCCCGGGCCUUCGGGGUUCCCCUGCGCACCUACACCCACGAGGUGGUGACACUGUGGUACCGCGCCCCCGAGAUCCUGUUGGGCAGCAAAUUUUAUUCAACAGCUGUGGAUGUCUGGAGCGUCGGUUGCAUCUUUGCAGAGAUGGUGACUGGCAAAGUUCUGUUUCCUGGUGACUCAGAGAUCGACCAGCUCUUCCGGAUCUUUCGCACCUUGGGGACCCCCAGUGAAGCCACAUGGCCGGGAGUCUCCCAGCUGCCAGACUACCAGAGCAGCUUCCCCACAUGGGACCGGAAAGGGCUUCAGGAGAUUGUACCCAGGCUGGAACCCGAAGGCAAGGACCUGCUCCUGGGACUCCUGCAGUAUGACCCCAGACAGCGGAUCUCAGCCAGGACAGCCCUGGCCCACCCCUACUUCUCUGCUGAGCACCCCGCCAUUGCAUGGCCGAGCAUUUCUACCAGUGAAAACAUGUACGCAGGGCCCACCGCCUCAGCCCCUCUCCAGCUGCUCCCCCAAAACCCGACCUCCCAUUUCUAA